AUGGUUUCGAAAUCCAAGCGAGUUGCUACUGCAGCAGCUAGAAGAGCGGCUGCACGCAUGCGUGCGGCCGCGGAAAGUGCCUCUCACACCUCAGCAGCAGGUGAUUCGUCGCCUGUUGUUGUGGAUACUCCACGUGGUGAGUCGCCACGUGCGACAGGUACAUCCGUUGCGUCUGCAGCGGGUGCCACGAGUCGUAAUCCAGACGAGUCUGAGAUAGAGCCCAUCUAUUCUGGCGAGUCGGAUGAUGCAUACGACUCGGAGGCGGUUUCGGAUCACUUGGGGCGGACACUGCAAUAG